CGGCAUUUCGGGACCCGGACGGGGUGUGCUCACGCGCAGUGCUGGGUUUGGCCGUCAUGGCUGACUCCGCGUCAGACGUGCGGGGCUCCCUACUGCAGCUGCAGGGGUCUUUGUCUGUCGGGGACCGCUGCAGUGCGGCGACGGCCAGUUAUCAGCUGAUCCGGGGCCUGGGACAGGAGUGCGUGCUGAGCUCCGGCCCCGCGGUGCUGGCAUUACAGACUUCCUUAAUUUUUUCCAAAGAUUUUGGUUUGCUUGUGUUUGUUCGGAAGUCACUUAGCAUUGAUGAAUUUCGUGAUUGUAGAGAAGAAGUCUUAAAAUUUUUAUGUAUUUUCUUAGAAAAAAUUGGCCAGAAGAUCACACCUUAUUCUCUAGAAAUUAAGAAUACUUGUACCAUUGUUUACACAAAGGAUAAAGCUGCUAAAUGUAAAAUCCCAGCCCUAGAUCUUCUUAUUAAGUUACUUCGGAUUUUAAGAAGUUCUAGACUCAUGGAUGAAUUUAGAAUUGGAGAGUUAUUUAGCAAAUUCUAUGGAGAACUCGCAUCGAAAACAAAAGUACAGGAUACAGUUUUGGAAAAAAUAUAUGAGCUUCUGGGAGUAUUAGGUGAAGUUCAUCCUAGUGAAAUGAUAAAUAAUUCAGAAAAACUGUUCCGGGCUUUUCUGGGUGAACUUAAGACCCAGAUGACAUCAGCAAUAAGAGAGCCCAAACUGCCUGUUCUGGCAGGGUGUCUGAAGGGCUUAUCUUCACUCAUGUGUAACUUCACCAAAUCCAUGGAAGAAGAUCCCCAGACUUCAAGGGAGAUUUUUUAUUUUGCACUAAAGGCAAUUCGUCCCCAGAUUGAUCUGAAGAGAUAUGCGGUACCCUUAGCUGGCUUAUGCUUAUUUACCCUGCAUGCAUCUCAGUUUAGCACCUGCCUUCUGGACAACUACGUUUCUUUAUUUGAAGUAUUGUCAAAAUGGUGUAGCCAUACAAAUGUAGAAUUGAAAAAAGCUGCACAUUCAGCUCUGGAAUCUUUUCUGAAACAGAUUUCUUUUAUGGUGGCAAAAGAUGCGGAAAUGCAUAAGAGUAAGCUACAGUACUUUAUGGAGCAAUUCUAUGGAAUCAUCAGGAACAUGGAUUCAAACAGCAAAGAUUUAUCCAUUGCAGUUUGUGGAUAUGGACUUUUUGCAGGACCUUGCAAGGUUGUAAAUGCAAAAGAUGUUGACUUCAUGUACGUAGAGCUCAUUCAGCGCUGCAAGCAGCUGUUCCUCACCCAGAUAGACACUGUUGAUGACCACGUUUACCACAUGCCAAGUUUCCUCCAGUCUAUUGCAAGUGUCUUGCUUUACCUUGAUACAGUUCCUGAGGUGUAUACUCCAGUUCUGGAACAUCUCAUGGUGGUACAGAUAGACAGUUUCCCACAGUAUAGUCCAAAAAUGCAGUCAGUGUGUUGUAAAGCCAUAGUGAAAGUCUUCCUAGCCUUAGGGGGAAAAGGACCAGUUCUUUGGAAUUGCAUCAGUACCGUGGUGCAUCAGGGUUUAAUCAGAAUAUGUUCUAAGCCAGUGAUCCUUCAAAAGGGUGUUGAGUCUGAAUCUGAAGACUGUCGUGCAUCAGGGGAAGUUAGAACUGGCAAGUGGAAAAUGCCCACAUAUAAAGACUAUUUGGAUCUUUUUAGAAGUCUCCUGAGUUGUGAUCAGAUGAUGGAUUCUCUUUUAGCGGAUGAAGCAUUUUUCUUUGUGAAUUCCUCCCUUCAAAAUCUGAAUCGUUUGCUAUACGAUGAAUUUGUCAAAUCAGUUUUGAAGAUUAUUGAGAAAUUGGAUCUUACACUAGAGAAACAGAAUGCUGGGGGACACGAGGAUGAAAAUGAAGCUACUGGUGUUUGGGUGAUCCCGACCUCAGAUCCAGCGGCUAACUUCCAUCCUGCUAAACCCAAAGAUUUUUCAGCUUUCAUUAACCUGGUGGAAUUUUGCAGAGAGAUUCUUCCUGAGAAACAUGUAGAAUUUUUUGAGCCAUGGUUACAUUCAUUUGCAUAUGAAUUAAUUUUGCAGUCUACACGGUUGCCUCUCAUCAGUGGUUUUUACAAAUUGCUCUCUGUUGCUAUGAGAAAUGCCAAGAAAAUAAAAUAUUUUAAGGGAGUUGGUCUGAAGAGUCAGACACAGUCUCCUGAGGAUCCAGAAAAAUAUUCUUGCUUUGCUUUACUUGCAAAAUUUGGUAAAGAGGUAUCGAUUAAAAUGAAGCAAUACAAAGAUGAACUUUUGGCCUCCUGUUUGACCUUUAUUCUGUCCCUGCCACAUGACAUCAUUGAACUUGAUAUUAGAGCCUACGUUCCUGCAUUACAGAUGGCUUUUAAACUGGGCCUGAGCUAUACCCCAUUGGCAGAAGUAGCCCUGAAUGCCCUAGAAGAAUGGUCACUUUACAUCUGCAAACAUGUAAUUCAGCCCCAUUAUACAGACAUUUUACCCAGCCUUGAUGGAUAUCUGAAAACUUCAGCCUUAUCAGAUGAGACCAAGAACAACUGGGAAGUAUCAGCACUUUCUCGGGCUGCCCAGAAAGGAUUUAAUAAAGUCAUAAUAAAGCAUCUGAAAAAGACAAAGAACAUUUCAUCAAAUGAAACACGAUCCUUAGAAGAAAUAAGGAUUAGAGUAGUACAAAUGCUUGGCUUUCUAGGAGGACAAAUAAACAAAAAUCUCCUAACAGUUGCAUCCUCAGAUGAAAUGAUGAAGAAAUGUGUGACAUGGGACAGAGAAAAAAGACUCAGUUUUGCAGUACCAUUUAUAGAAAUGAAGCCUGUCAUUUAUCUGGAUGUGUUCUUGCCUCGGGUCACAGAACUAGCUCUUUCAGCUAGUAACAGACAAACUAAAGUUGCGGCUUGUGAGCUUCUACACAGCAUGGUUAUGUUUAUGUUGGGAAAAGCCACUCAGAUGCCUGAAGGUGGUCAGGGUUUCCCACCCAUGUACCAGCUCUACAAGCGAACUUUUCCGGUGCUACUUCGACUUGCAUGUGAUGUAGAUCAGGUGACAAGGCAACUAUACGAGCCCCUAGUUAUGCAGCUGAUUCACUGGUUCACAAGCAAUAAGAAAUUUGAAAGUCAGGAUACUGUCGCCUUACUAGAAACGAUAUUGGAUGGAAUUGUAGACCCUGUUGACAGUACUUUAAGAGAUUUUUGUGGUCGGUGUAUUCGCGAAUUCCUCAAGUGGUCCAUUAAGCAGACAACACCACAGCAGCAGGAAAAAAGUCCAGUAAAUACCAAAUCGCUUUUCAAACGACUGUACAGCUUUGCACUUCACCCCAAUGCUUUCAAGAGGCUAGGGGCAUCACUUGCCUUUAAUAAUAUCUAUAGAGAUUUCAGAAAUUGUCACAGCCACCCAGCCUUGAGAAGCCACAAACCUAAUCAUUCAAUACCAGCCAGCAAUAUCAAAGCAAAACGCUCUACCAGCAAAAUGAUUAUGACUUGCUGCAAGCUCAGAAGAUGGGAAGAAGAGUCUCUGGUAGAACAGUUUGUGUUUGAAGCUUUGGUUACAUAUCUGGAAAGUCUGGCCUUAGCACAUGCAGAUGAGAAAUCUUUAGGUACGCUUCAACAAUGUUGUGAUGCCAUUGAUCACCUAAGGCGUAUCAUUGAAAAGAAGCAUGUAUCUUUAAACAAAGUAAAAAAGCGACGUAGGCCACGAGGAUUUCCACCUGCAGCAUCAUUGUGUUUACUGGAUGUGGUCCAAUGGCUGUUAGCCCACUGUGGGAGGCCCCAAACAGAAUGUCGACAUAAAUCUAUAGAACUCUUUUAUAAAUUUGUUCCUUUAUUGCCAGGCAACACAUCCCCUUCUUUAUGGCUGAAGGAUAUUCUCAAGAACAAAGAUACUUCCUUUCUCAUAAACAUAUUUGAGGGGGGAGGAGGAGAUUGUGAUCGGCUGUCAGGCAUUCUUGCUCAGCCUACUCUCUUCCAUCUGCAAGGGCCGUUCAGCCUGAGAGCUGUGUUGCAGUGGAUGGACAUGCUUCUGGCGGCUUUGGAAUGCUACAACACAUUCAUUGAAGAGAAAACCCUUGAGGCAUCUGAGGUCCUAGGUACUGAAACACAGUCUUCACUUUGGAAAGCAAUGGCUUUCUUUUUAGAAAACAUUGCUAUGCAUGAUAUUACGGCAGCAGAAAAGUGCUUUGGCACUGGGACAACAGGUCACAGACCUAGCCCACAAGAGGAGGAAAGAUAUAAUUAUAGCAAAUGCACAAUUGUGGUACGGAUUAUGGAAUUUACCACAGUGCUGCUCAGCACCUCCCCAGAAGGCUGGAAGCUCCUUGAGAAGGAUUUAUGUAAUAACAAAAACUUUAUGAAACUCUUGGUGAAAACCCUAUGUGAGCCCUCGAGCAUAGGUUUCAAUAUUGGUGAUGUCCUAGUUAUGAAUCAUCUUCCCGAUGUUUGUGUGAAGCUAAUAAAAGCACUAAAGAAGUCCCCAUACAAAGACACCCUGGAGAUGCACCUUAAGGAAAAAAUAACAGCACGGAGCAUUGAGGAGCUCUGUGCUGUUGACCUAUAUGGCCCUGAUGCUUAUGUGGACAGGGCCAAGCUGGUGUCUGUUGUGUCAGCUUGUAAACAACUUCACAGAGCUGGUUUUUUGCAUGUUGUAUUACCAUCUCAGUCCGCAGAUCAGCAUCAUUCUGUUGGCACAAAACUUCUUUCCCUGGUUUAUAAAAGCAUUGCACCUGGAGAUGAGGGAGAGUAUUUUCCUUCACUAGACCCCAGUUGUAAGCGAUUAGCCAAUGGACUUCUGGAGUUGGCCUUUGCUUUUGGAGGACUGUGUGAACACCUUGUGAAUCUUCUCCUGGACACAGCAAUGUUAUCUAUGCCAGCCUCAGGAGUGUCCCAGAGAAACAUGGUCAGCUUUUCUCAUGGAGAGUAUUUUUAUAGCUUGUUCUCAGAGGCAAUCAACACUGAAUUAUUGAAAAAUCUAGAUUUUGUUGUAUUGGAGCUCAUGAAAUCAUCUGUGGAUAAUCCCAAAAUGGUGAGCACCGUUUUGAAUGGUAUGUUAGAUCAGAGCUUUAGGGAUCGAGCCAGCCAGAAAUACCAAGGACAGAAACUUGCAAGUACAAUUUUGCACAACUGGAAGAAGUGGGACUCCUGGUGGGCCAAAGAUUCUACUCCUGAAAGUAAAACAGCAGUGCUGACCUUACUGGCCAAAAUUUUGCAGAUUGAUUCAUCUGUAUCCUUUAAUACAAAUCACAGUGCAUUCCCUGAAGUCUUUACAACAUAUUCUAGUCUACUUGCUGAUUCAAAGUUGGGUUUACAUUUAAAGGGUCAGGCUGUAAUUCUUCUUCCAUUCUUCACCAGUCUUACUGGAGACAGUCUUGAGGACCUUAAGCAUGUUCUUGAAAAUCUUAUUGUUUCUAAUUUCCCUAUGAAGUCUGAAGAAUUUCCCCCGGGAACUCUGCGGUACAAUAAUUAUGUAGACUGCAUGAAAAAGUUUCUAGAUGCAUUGGAAUUAUCUCAAAGUCCUGUAUUGUUGCAGUUGAUGACAGAAAUUCUUUGUCGGGAACAGCAACAUGUUAUGGAAGAAUUAUUUCAAUCUACUUUCAAAGAGAUUGCCAGAAAGAGUUCAUGUGUCACACAAUUAGCCCUUUUGGAAAGGGUAUACAGAAUGUUCAAGAGGGAUGACCUGCUUUCAAAUGUUACUCGCCAAGCAUUUGUAGAUCGCUCUCUCCUCACCCUGUUGUGGCAUUGUAGCCUGAAUGCUUUGAGAGAAUUCUUUAGCAAAAUUGUGGUGGAUGCCAUUGAUGUGUUGAGGUCGAGAUUUACAAAGCUAAAUGAAUCUAUCUUUGAUACUCAAAUCACUAAGAAGAUGGGCUAUUAUAAAAUGCUAGAAGUCAUGUAUUCUCGUCUUUCAAAAGAUGAUGUUCACUCAAAAGAAUCUAAAAUUAACCAAGUUUUCUACGGCUCAUGUGUUACAGAAGGAAAUGAACUUACAAAGACACUUAUUAAAUUGUGCUAUGAUGCAUUUACAGAGAACAUGGCGGGUGAGAAUCAGUUGCUGGAGAGGAGAAGACUUUACCACUGUGCUGCGUACAACUGUGCCAUUUCUGUUAUCUGCUGUGUCUUCACUGAAUUAAAAUUUUACCAAGGUUUUCUCUUUAGUGAAAAACCUGAAAAGAACUUGCUUAUUUUGGAAAAUCUGAUUGACCUGAAGCGCUGCUAUACAUUUCCUAUAGAAGUUGAGGUUCCUAUGGAAAGAAAGAAAAAAUACAUUGAUAUUAGGAAAGAAGCCAGGGAAGCCACAAAUGGGGAUUCAGGAGGUCCUCAUUAUCUAUCUUCCUUGUCAUAUUUGGCAGACAGCAGCCUGAGUGAGGAAAUGAGUCAAUUUGAUUUCUCAACUGGAGUUCAAAGCUAUUCAUACAGUUCCCAAGACCCUAAAUCUACCCCUGGUCAUUUUCUGAGACGGGAGCGUAAAGAUCCCCUGGUCCAAGAUGCUGUCCUAGAGUUAGAGAUGGAUGAACUCAAUCAGCAUGAAUGUAUGGCAACCAUGACUACCUUGAUUAAGCACAUGCACAGAAAUCAGAUACUACUUAAAGAAGAGGGCUCAGUGCCAAGAAAUCUUCCUCCAUGGAUGAAAUUUCUUCACGACAAACUAGGAAAUCCAUCGAUAUCAUUAAAUAUCCGUCUCUUCUUAGCCAAGCUUGUUAUUAAUACGGAAGAAGUCUUUCGCCCUUAUGCAAAGUACUGGCUAAGUCCCUUGCUGCAGCUGGUGGUUUCUGAAAAUAAUGGAGGCAGAGGAAUUCACUAUAUGGUGGUUGAGAUCGUGGUUACUGUUCUUUCGUGGACAGGAUUAGCUACUCCUGUGGGUGUCCCUAAAGAUGAAGUGUUGGCAAAUCGAUUGCUUCAUUUCUUAAUGGAACAUGUUUUUCAUCAAAAAAGAGCUGUGUUUAGACAUAACCUUGAAAUUAUAAAAACCCUUGUUGAAUGUUGGAAGGAUUGUUUAUCUGUCCCUUACAGGUUAAUAUUUGAGAAGUUUUCCAAUAAAGAUCCCAAUUCUAAAGACAAUUCAGUAGGAAUUCAAUUAUUAGGCAUUGUAAUAGCCAAUAAUUUGCCUCCAUAUGACCCAAAAUGUGGCAUAGAGAGCAUAAAAUACUUUCAAGCUUUGGUCAAUAAUAUGUCCUUUGUAAAAUAUAAAGAGGUGUAUGCGGCAGCAGCAGAAGUUCUAGGACUUAUUCUUCAAUAUAUUACCAAGAAAGAAAAUGUAUUGAAGGAGUUGGUGUAUGAACUGAUCAUAAAGCAGUUGAAGCAACAUCAGAAUACGAUGGAGGACAAAUUUAUUGUGUGCUUGAACAAAGCCGUGAAGAACUUUCCUCCUCUUGCCGAUAGGUUUAUGAACACCGUGUUCUUCCUGCUGCCAAAGUUUCACGGCGUAAUGAAGACCCUCUGUCUGGAGGUGGUGUUGUGUCGUGCGGAGGAAAUAACAGAUCUCUAUUUACAGUUGAAGAGCAAGGAUUUCAUUCAAGUCAUGAAACACAGAGAUGAUGAAAGACAGAAAGUGUGUUUGGACAUAAUUUAUACAAUGAUGGCAAAAUUGAAACCUGUAGAACUCCGAGAACUUCUGAAUCCUGUUGUAGAAUUCAUUUCUCAUCCUUCUCCAGUAUGCAGGGAACAAAUGUAUAACAUUCUAAUGUGGGUUCAUGACAAUUACCGAGAUCCAGAAAGUCAAGCAGAUGAUGAGUCUCGGGAAGUAUUUAAGUUGGCAAAAGAUGUAUUGAUUCAAGGGCUGAUCGAUGAGAAUGCUGGGCUUCAAUUAAUUAUUCGAAAUUUCUGGAGCCAUGAGACUAGAUUACCUUCAAAUAUCUUGGACCGACUGUUGGCACUAAAUUCCUUAUAUUCUCCAAAGAUAGAAAUGCACUUUUUAAGUUUAGCAACAGAUUUUCUGCUUGAAAUGACCAGCAUGAGCCCAGAUUAUCCAAACCCUGUGUUUGAGCAUCCUCUGUCAGAAUGCGAAUUUCAGGAAUAUACCAUUGAUUCUGACUGGCGUUUCCGAAGUACUAUUUUCACUCCAAUGUUUAUUGAGACUCAGGCCUCCCAAAGUGCUCUGCAGGCCCGGACCCAGGAGGGAUCCCUCCCAUUUCAAGGGGUGAUGGCUAGGCAGAUACGGGCCACCCAACAACAGUAUGACUUCACACCUACACAAACUGCAGAUGGCAGAAGCUCCUUUAAUUGGCUGACUGGGAGCAGUAUUGACCCACUGAUGGAUUAUACAGUCUCCUCAUCAUUGGAUUCCUCAUCUUCCUCCUUGCUGUUUGCCCACAAGAGGAGUGAAAAGUUCCAGAGAGCACCCUUGAAGUCAGUGGGACCUGAUUUUGGGAAAAAAAGGCUGGGCCUUCCAGGAGAUGAGGUGGAUAACAAAACAAAAGGUAUAGACAAUCGGACAGAAAUAUUAAGAUUAUGCAGGCGAUUUAUAAAGGACCAAGAAAAGCUCAGUUUGAUUUAUGCCAGAAAAGGUAUUGCUGAACAAAAACGAGAGAAGGAGAUAAAGAGUGAGUUAAAAAUGAAGCACGAUGCCCAAGUCAUUUUAUACAGGAGUUACCGUCAAGGAGACCUUCCUGACAUUCAGAUUAAAUACAGUAGCCUGAUCACCCCCUUGCAAGCUGUGGCUCAGAGAGACCCAAUAAUUGCAAAAGAGCUCUUUGGCAGCUUGUUUUCUGGAAUUAUAAAAGAGAUGGAUAAAUACAAGACCAAGUCUGAGAAAAACAACAUUACUCAAAAGUUGCUACAGGACUUUAAUCAUUUUCUUAACAGCACUUUCUCUUUCUUUCCACCUUUUGUCUCUUGUAUCCAGGAAAUCAGUUGCCAACACACAGACUUGCUGAGCCUCGACCCAGCUUCUGUCAGUGCUGGCUGCCUGGCCAGUCUACAGCAGUCUGUGGGUGUCCGCCUUCUCGAGGAGGCCCUGCUCCACCUGGUGCCUCAAGAACCACCUGCCAAGAGGUUUCGGGGGAGGACUCACCUCUCUCCUGAUGUCGUCAGAUGGAUGGAACUUGCUAAACUAUAUAGGUCAAUUGGAGAAUAUGAUGUCCUCCGCAGUAUUUUUAGCAGUGAGAUAGGAACAAAGCAAGUCACUCAGAGUGCUAUAUUAGCAGAAGCAAGAAGUGAUUAUUCUGAAGCUGUUAAACAGUAUAAUGAGGCUCUCAAUAAACAAGAGUGGGUGGAUGGUGAGCCUACGGAACCUGAGAAGGAUUUUUGGGAGCUUGCAUCCCUCGACUGUUAUAACCAGCUUGCUGAGUGGAAAUCAUUGGCAUACUGUUCUAUAGUCAGCAUUGAUAAUGAAAGCCCUCCAGAUCUAAAUAAAAUGUGGAGUGAACCAUUUUAUCAGGAGACCUAUCUACCUUACAUGAUCCGCAGCAAGCUGAAGUUACUGCUUCAUGGGGAGGCUGACCAGUCCCUGCUGACGUUUAUUGAUGAAGCUGUGAACAAAGAGCUUCAGAAGGCUCUUAUAGAGCUGCACUAUAGUCAAGAAUUGAGCCUUCUUUACAUCUUACAAGAUGAUGUUGACAGAGCCAAAUAUUAUAUUGAAAAUUGCAUUCAGAAUUUUAUGCAGAAUUACUCAAGUAUUGAUGUCCUCUUACACAGAAGUAGACUCACCAAAUUGCAAUCUGUACAAACUAUAAUAGAAAUUCAGGAGUUCAUCAGUUUUAUAAGCAAACAAGGUAAUUUAUCAUCUCAAGCUCCCCUUAAGAGACUUCUAAAUACCUGGAUAAACAGAUACCCAGAUACUAAAAUGGACCCAAUGAACAUCUGGGAUGACAUUAUCACAAAUCGAUGUUUCUUUCUCAGCAAAAUAGAGGAGAAACUUACUCUUCCUCCAGGUGAUCAUAGUAUGUCCAUGGAUGAUGAUAAAGAUUCUAGUGAUAGGAUGGAAAUGCAGGAGCAGGGAGAAGAAGUCUGUUCCCUGAUUAAGAAUUGUAUGUUCUCCAUGAAAAUGAAGAUGGUAGAAAGUGCAAGAAAGCAGCACAAUUUCUCACUUGCCAUGAAACUACUGAAGGAGCUUCAUAGAGAGUCAAAAGCAAGAGAUGACUGGCAGAUGCAGUGGGUGCAGAGCUACUGCCGGCUCAGCCAUAGCCGGAGCCAGGGCCAGACCUGCCCUGAGCAGAUUCUCACAGCGCUGAAAACAGUCUCCUUAUUGGGUGAGAGCACAUCAAGUUACAUAAGCAAAAAUGUUCUUGCUUUCCAUGAUCAGAAUAUUCUUUUGGGUACAACAUACAGAAUCAUAGCUGAGGCUCUCAUCAGGGAGCCAAACUGCCUCGCUGAAAUCGAGGAAAGCAAGGCUAGAAGAAUUUUGGAUCUUUCUGGAUCCAGUACAGAGAAUGCAGGAAAGGUGAUCACAGGUCUGCACCAGAGAGCAUUCCAUCACCUUUCUGAGGCCGUGCGGAUAGCUGAGGAGGAGUCCCAGCCUUCCCUCAUGGGCCAGGGUCCUGUAGCCAGCCUGACAGAUGCUUACAUGACGCUGGUGGAUUUCUGUGACCAGCAGCUCCGCAAGGAGGAGGAGAGUGCAUCAGUUACUGAGUCUCUAGAACUACAGACGUAUCCAGCCGUUGUGGUAGACAAAAUGUUGAAAGCUUUAAAAUUGCAUUCCAGUGAAGCCAGGCUGAAGUUUCCUAGACUACUGCAGAUUAUAGAACUAUAUCCAGAGGAGACCCUGAGCCUAAUGACAAAAGAGAUUUCUUCCAUUCCUUGCUGGCAGUUCAUUGGCUGGAUCAGCCAUAUGGUGGCCUUACUGGACAAAGAGGAAGCUGUUGCUGUCCAGCAUACUGUGGAAGAGAUUGCUAAUAACUAUCCACAGGCAAUUGCCUACCCCUUUAUAAUAAGUAGUGAAAGCUAUUCCUUCAAAGAUACUUCUACUGGCCAUAAGAAUAAGGAGUUUGUGGCAAGGAUUAAAAUUAAGUUGGAUCAAGGAGGAGUGAUUCAAGAUUUUAUUAGUGCCCUAGAACAGCUCUCUAAUCCUGAAAUGCUCUUUAAGGAUUGGAUUGAUGAUAUGAAAGUCGAACUGGCAAAAACCCCUGUUAAUAAAAAAAACAUUGAAAAGAUGUAUGAAAGAAUGUAUGCAGCCUUGGGAAACCCAAGGGCUCCAGGCCUUGGGGCUUUCAGAAAGCGGUUUAUUCAGGAUUUUGGGAAAGAAUUUGAUAAACACUUUGGGAAAGGAGGUUCUAAGUUACCUGGAAUGAAACUCCGCGACUUUACUGACAUUACUGACUCACUGUUUUAUAAAAUGGGCAGAGACUCAAAGCCACCUGGGAAUCUGAAAGAAUGCUCACCCUGGAUGAGUGACUUCAAAAUAGAAUUUUUGAGAAGUGAGCUGGAGAUUCCUGGUCAAUAUGAUGGCAAAGGAAAGCCAAUGCCAGAAUACCAUGCACGAAUCUCUGGGUUUGAUGAGCGGGUAAAAGUCAUGGCCUCUAUCAGAAAGCCAAAGCGCAUCAUCAUCCGAGGCCACGAUGAGAAAGAAUACCCUUUCCUUGUCAAGGGGGGUGAAGACCUGCGGCAGGACCAGCGGAUUGAACAACUCUUUGAAGUCAUGAAUGUCCUCCUUUCUCAGGAUGCUGCCUGUAGCCAGAGAAACAUGCAGUUGAAGACCUACCAUGUCAUACCCAUGACCUCCAGAUUAGGACUAAUUGAAUGGAUUGAAAAUACUUUCACCUUGAAGGACUUUCUUUUGAGUAACAUGUCACGAGAGGAGAAAGCAGCUUAUAUAAGUGAUCCCAAAGCACCACCAUGUGAAUAUAGAGACUGGCUGGCAAAGAUGUCUGGGAAAUACAAUGCUGGUGCUUACAUGGCAAUGUUUAAGGCAGCUAGUCGUUCUGAAACAGUCACAUCUUUUAGAAGGAGAGAAAGUAAAGUGCCAGCUGAUCUCUUAAAGCGGGCCUUUCUGAAGAUGAGCACAGGCCCUGAGGCCUUCCUGGCACUUCGCUCCCACUUUGCCAGUUCUCAUGCUCUUAUGUGUAUUAGCCACUGGAUUCUGGGCAUUGGAGACAGACAUCUGAACAAUUUCAUGAUAAGCAUGGAGACAGGUGGAAUGAUCGGAAUCGACUUUGGACAUGCAUUUGGAUCAGCUACUCAGUUUCUGCCAGUCCCUGAAUUGAUGCCUUUUCGUCUGACACGCCAAUUUAUCAAUCUGAUGUUACCAAUGAAAGAAGGAGGUGUUAUGUCCAGUGUCAUGGUGCAUGCACUGAGAGCCUUCCGCUCACACUCUGACCUGCUUAUUAACACCAUGGACGUGUUCGUAAAGGAACCUUCCUUCGACUGGAAAAACUUUGAACAGAAAAUGCUAAAAAAAGGAGGAUCGUGGAUUCAAGAAAUAAAUGUAACUGAAAAAAAUUGGUAUCCCCGGCAAAAAAUACAUUAUGCUAAGAGAAAGUUAGCAGGUGCCAACCCAGCAGUUAUUACCUGUGAUGAGCUGUUCCUGGGCCAUGAGAAGGCACUUGCCUUUGGAGAUUAUGUGGCUGUAGCACGAGGAAGCAAAGAUCACAACAUUCGUGCCCAACACCCAGAGAGUGGGCUGUCAGAAGAGGCUCAAGUUAAGUGCUUGAUUGACCAGGCCACAGACCCCAACAUCCUUGGUAGAACUUGGCAAGGAUGGGAGCCCUGGAUGUGAAGAACUGCGGGAGUCAGCAGAUAAAAAGCAUGAGAGUAUUUGAAGAAUCUCCUAAACUUGGGACACCUGGGUGGCUCAAAUGGUUAAGCAUCUGCCUUUAGCUCAGGUCGUGAUCCCAGGUCCUAGGAUCGAGCCCCACAUUGGGCUCCCAGCUCAAGAGGGAGCCUGCUUCCCCCUCUGCUUCUUCCUCUCUCCACCGCUCAUGCUCUCUCUCUCACUCUCUCUCAAAUGAAUAAAUAAAAUCUUUAAAAAAAAAAAAAUCUCCUAAACUUUCAUCUACAGCAAUUAAUGUGCUGAUUUUCCUGAAGCACUGAACAGAAGAAAUCUAUUUUAGUGUUGUGGUCUUGUAGCUGGAGUUUAAUCUAGAUCAUGAUGAAUAAGUGAAUAUUGGUAUGAAUGAAAGAUUAGAUUAUAAACAAAGAUUUGGUUAGGAUUAUAAUGGGCUUAAAGUGGGGAAAAAAUAUAUAUCUAGGCCCAGACAAGAAUUAAACCAAGAAUAUGGCAUAUUACAAGUACUAUGACUUAGAUAAACCAACUACUUAAUAAAUGGUGUAUGGGGGCACCUGGGUGGCUCAGUGGGUUAAGCCACUGCCUUUGGCUCAGAUCAUGAUCUCAGGGUCCUGGGAUCGAGUCCCACAUCGGGCUCUCUGCUCAGCGGGGAGCCUGCUUCCUCCUCUCUCUCUCUGCCUGCCUCUCUGCCUACUUGUGAUCUCUCUCUGACUGUCAAAUAAAUAAAUAAAAAUCUUUAAAAAAAAAAAAUGGUGUAUGAACAUUCCAUGCAGUAUUCUCAUUAGUAACUUGACAUAUUGGAAAUAAUACCCAGAAGACCUUAUCACUAAGAUUUUAUGAGAGUAAAGCCAAUAGCAUAAGUGAUAAAAUGUUACCUUGUAUUAGUACAGGAAUAAUAAUGAAUGGCUCAUAAUAUUUAGAAAUGAUUGCUUUUGAGAUUUUAAGAUAUUUGUCUAUGCUAUCUUUUUUUUUUUUUUUUUUUUUGUCUAUGCUAUCUUUUACUUUAUUCUCUUCUGUUUUAGAAGAUAGAUUUAGAUAAAUUUGUUCUCUAGGGCACCUGGGUGGCUCAGUGGGUUAAGCCGCUGCCUUCAGCUCAGGUCAUGAUCUCAGGGUCCUGGGAUCGAGUCCCGCAUCGGGCUCUCUGCUCAGCAGGGAGCCCGCUUCCCUCUCUCUCUCUCUGCCUGCCUCUCCAUCUACUUGUGAUUUCUCUCUGUCAAAUAAAUAAAUAAAAUCUUCAAAAAAAAAAAAUUUGUUCUCUAGAAGAGAAAGUAUUUAGGAGAGAUAAAAGAGCUUGGUCUUAGCACUCAUUUUUGCUCUCAUAUCCACAAUAGGAAAAUAGAUAAAAGUGCAUAGCAUCCCAGACUCAGAAUUUCUAACUUCAAGAAUUGCAAGUAUGAUGAUAGGGAUAGCACACAGCAUUUCAAGUCUAGGAAAAAACAAACAAAACCUUUGGAAAUGAAUUUCUUACUUGGAGAGAAAAUAUGCAUUCUAAAACAACAAGAUCAAAUUAUGAAAUACAAAAAUGGCUUCCUUUCCUUCAUAGAAUCUCUACCCCUCAUCUAAUCCUGCACACACCUGAACUGAUUUCAGGCUGGCUCUCAGCUUUUUGUUAUUGUUUCUUUAAACAUUUAUAGUUGGAGACUCUUGUAUGCUUUUGAAAAAUAAUAAUCUUAGGAAUAUGAAACAUUUAGAUUUUUUCCUAAAGUAGAGUAUAGCUCUUACACAGUUUAAGGAACAAAAUGUUUACCUUAUAAAAUAUUUCAUUAUACUACUUGACAAAGUCAUUCUGAUAAAUACAGGUUGAAUCCAUUAUGAUUAAAAAUAAAACAUUAUAUUCUCAACAAAUGGUAUUAUAUUAAACCAAAUAAAUUACAUCUCAAAAAUAAGCAAUCGUGUAUAUGAAAAUCCAGUAUACACAUAAUCUAGUAAAUAUUCUUUGCUAAACACAUAACCAAAAAAAACUACCUUGAUGUUGAUUAUAGUAUUUCUUUUAAACAGCUAACUAUUUUUGCUUGUGUCUUGAUAAUGUGGGAUGUAUUCCCAUAUGUUAUGGGAAACCCUGUUUUUUAAGGAUUAUUUUUUAUGUCAGCAAGUUCAUUGUUACAAGAUGACUGUGUAUAGGAGUCCAUUUUCAAAGCUGUCUGCUUGAAAUUGUAUCCAAACCUAUGAGACUACAGUAAAAACUUACUGUAUACAGUUUUCAGAGACAUUUGCACAGCUGCUCAGGAUGGUAAAUGACCUCAUUACACAUGAAGGACUACAUGUCCAAGACUUAUCUUGUCUCCAAACUUCAACCCUGUGAUUCUUGGCUGAAUAAAGAAAACUCGUUUGGAAAACAGGAAAUAAAAGAAGACACCUGUACUGAUUAUAAAGAAAUAUGAAUAGUAUCAGAAAGAUUCUUGGGAUUUUCUAUUUGUAGGAUCAGGUUAUCUGAUAAUAGUUUAACCUCCCUAAUUUGAGUGCUUUUAUUUCUUUUUUCUUGUCUAAUUGCUCUGGCUAGAAGAUACAGUACAAUGUUGAGUAAUGAUGGUAAAAGUGAGCAUCCUUCUUUUGUUUAUACCUCAUCUUUGGGAGAUAUUUUCAUUUUUCACCAUUGUGUGUCAUGUUAGCUGUGGGACAUUUACACAAAUGUCCUUUUAUAUGUUGAUAAAGUUCCCUUCUGUUUUUAUGAGAUUUUUAUCAUUAUAAGUGUUGUAAAAUGCUUAUUUUGCAUUAAAUGAGAUGAACUUCUGGUUUUUCUUCAUUUAUGAAUGUGAAUUAUAAUGAUUGAUAUUUAGAUGUUGAACCAUCCAGCAUUGCUGGGAUAAAUCCUGCUUGGCCAUGGUGAAUAAUCCUUUUAUUAUGCUGUUGGAUUCUGUUUGCCAGUAUUUUGUUGAGAAUUUAAUUUUUAUUUUUUAAAUUUCAUUUCAGUGUUCCAGAAUUCAUUGUUUGUGCACCACACCCAGUGCUCCAUGCAAUACAUGCCCUCCAUAAUACCCACUGCCAGGCUCACCCAACCUCCCACACUCCACCCCUCCAA